ACAUCAAUGAGCACUGUGUUUACGUUGUACUACCUGGCUCGUCACCCUGACAAGCAGGCGAGGCUGCAGGAGGAGCUGGACCAGGUGUUGGGUGAUGGCAGUCAACCUCUCACUAGCCAUCAGAUGGCCAGGCUCACCUACCUAAAAGCCUGUGUGAAGGAAACUCUCAGGAUGCAACCGAUAGCAUCCGUUGUGGCAAGGCAGCCUGAGAAGGACAUCACACUUCAGGGCUACAAUGUCAAAGCUGGAACAUACGUGUACGUCAGUGUUAAGGAGGCAGGCAUGCUGGAGGAAUACUUUCCCCGGGCGACGGAAUUCCUGCCGGAGCGAUGGCUGAGAGACAACCCAGACCGUCUCCAGAACCAAUUUGCUACCAUCCCCUUCUCUUUUGGCACUCGCAUGUGUGUGGGCAGGAGGCUGGCCGAGCAGGAGAUUUACGUCCUCCUCGCGAGGCUGUUCUUAAAGUAUAAUUUAGAGUACAAGCACGAGGAGUGGGACCCAUUAUUCAGAAUUAUCUACAAACCUGACAAGCCACAGAACUUCACCAUGACGGAACGCUGGUAAUCAGAUGUCGUCUCUUCGCUUCCUGUUUACAUGAUGAAGAUACUAUAUUCUCCUGGAAUAAAGUCUUGGGACGGGUCUUUUCCAGAUGCUGAAUCAUCUUCCUGCUUAGAAAAUGAGUAUUUUUGUUACAAUGGGUUGAGAACGAUUUCUUCUAAAAAUAUACAUUACAUCGCAUUUCAUAGAGUCUUCUCAUUUUAAUUAUUUCUGCAUCAUGCCCAUGCUGGGUUCUUAAAGUGACGGUGGAGUUAACAGUGGUUUGUUCCAAGAGGUAGGGAGCUGGUUGGUAAGACACAUAGGCAACACACUAGGCUUCUUCGGUCGAGUACAGAAAGUAGGCAGAAGCAGUAGAGAUGUGAAGCCUACUGUGUAGGCGAAACGUUUCGAAACGUUUCGGAACAAAGUUGCCUAACUGUUGCCUAUGUGUCUUACCUACCAACCUGUUGGUAUUGUAUACCAUAUUGAUAUUCACUCAGAUACGGAGCUCUUCUCCGUGAUGGGUGCCACUCUCCUCACAGGAAAUUUGCAGUACUAAGAAACCAGCAUCUCUCUCGGCACAAAUGGUGGGGAUAUUUUCCUUCAUUUCUAAAUUUGCUGACUCUGCUGAUGGCUCGGAACGAGCGUGGAUAUAAAUAUUGACUGUAAAUAAUUUUACUUACUUUGUGAUUGCUUUUCUUGUUAUCUGAGAGUGAGUAGUUCGCAAAAGUAGCAAGUUGAUAACGAACUUGUAUAUUGUACCCAUAUAUAUCUUACUUUUUUUUUUUUUUGCUCCAAAUUGAAUUAUGUAUUAUCUAACUUGGUUACUUAUUAUUGUAAUUUUUUGAGAAAUCAUAAACAUGUAUAUGCAUUUGUUAAAUAUAAUAAAUUAUUAAAAAAUUUU